AUGGAAGCUGAAACUGUUCUAAACCUCUUCGAUUCGAUGUGGUUCCACCUCGGAAUCCUCGAAAAAACCCCAACCCCUCCAUCCCUUCAAACCCAACCGAAUCAACCAUCAAAUCAAAAAGUUUCGCGCCAAAUAUCGUUGCUAGGAAGAUCAAAGAGCGACGACCUGUCAAGCUUCACAACAAAGAAUUCCACCUCUCCCUCUAUAAUAAAACCCCACCUCCAAACCAUACUCUCCGACAAAGAGGUUUCGGUUUCAUUGGAAAUUCCGAAAAGUCCAGCGAUGAAGAAAGCCGUGAUCAAACAGCAGCACGACAUGAGAAGGAAGAAGAAGCUGAGCAAAAGCAUGUCUCAGCUGGAGUUCGAAGAGGUGAAGGGCUUCAUCGACAUGGGCUUCGUGUUCUCGGAAGAAGCCAAGGAGGACCGGGCCCUCGUUGAGAUCGUCCCCGGCCUGCAAAAGUUUGGGCAGAGCACAGAAUGCGGUGUUCCAGAAACCGAAGAGAAGAGGAGGAGAAGGAGUGAGGAAGCUUCUAGAAUGAGAGGGAGGCCGUACCUAUCAGAAGCGUGGGAUUUUUAUGAAGAGGAAGAGAAAAGGUUGAUGAAAUGGAGGGUUCCUUUUCCUCUUCCUCUUCCUGCUGCUGCAACAAAUGAGAUGGACAUCAAAGAUAGCCUCAAAUCCUGGGCCCACACAGUGGCUUCUGCUGUUAGAUGA